CCCCCCCUUCUCCACACGAUCUGCUGCGAAACGGACGAACGGUAAACACCAGACACACACGCCUUACACGCCUUCAAGUUCCUUCUGCCGUCUCAUGCACUCGUUCUAUCCUCUGUGCCCUGUGCUGCCACACUCACGAGGGUGAGGGUUGCCACUAGAGUUAGAUUGGCAAAGUUAGCAGCUCGGCAAGUAUGACCUUCGAGGGUCCUGUCGCUCAAUUCUUGGUUACCAGUUACCAGGAUAUCGCAUACUCAUACUCCCCCCCCCUUCGGUCUUCGUGUGCGGCGUGAGAUAUAAGUGGCCGCUUCCAAGCCUCUCCGUCUGAGAUGACCUGGUCUCCUGGUAUUGAAAUUGAAUUUUCCCCAGCUUUGGCAAAAUCCAUAAUUUAUUCCACGUUAUGGCUCCUCGGAGGCAGAUUGGCAUUCUAGACCUUCCUGACGAGGUUCUCCUAGUAAUCCUUCGUGCCGUCGACACCGAUCCCGGGCCCAUCAAUAUUGACCAUCGCGCGUGGAUGAGUGUCGUGAGCUUUAAAUUCGAGAGUCAGCUGCCGCGCGAGCCUGAGGUGGUUGGCAAUUUCCGCUUCACCUGCAGACGCUUCUCCGAGGUUGGAUUGCAGCAUCAGUUUAAGACCCUGGCCACGCGCUUCAACGAGGCGGGCCUCAAUAGACUGAGAAAUAUAGCCCGCUACCCGCAUCUCGCCACGGCGGUCAAGAAAUUCACGUAUCUGGUGCCCAGGCUGUUCUUCAACGAUCAGGCGCACAUUGAGCGCAUCAGCGAUGCGAUCAUCGCGAAUGGCAAGAGAGUCCCCGACCAGCUCAUCGCGCAGGCGAAGGAGCAGGUCAGCAUCGUCGAGUCCCAGAUCGACCGGGAGACCCUGAACGGCGCCUUCGCCGCUUUCACUUCCCUGCAGCAUGUGUCGCUGCUGAGCCUGCAGAGCCAAAUCGACACCCGCUUCAUCGCUUUUAUGCAGCAUAAUGUAUUCGAAGCGGAGCUGCAACCCAGUCGCACUGCAGCCUACCUCCAUGGCGUGAAAACGCUGGGCAGCGCCCUGCUCUCCUCCCAAUCACCUGCUAGUCGGCUCUCGUUUCCGAUGAUAGACGCCCAGACCGCUAUCUCGCUCCAGAGCGUCCCCAGCGCACGGGUGCAGAGCAUAUCGUCUCGCCUCGAGUGCAUAUUGGCGCGAUUCGUCGAUCCGGAUGAGUUCCAGGCCAGCUUUGGUCAGCUAUCGGGUGUUAUUGAAUCGAUUCUUACUUGUGCUACGAACCUCGUGACUCUGCACAUAGGAUUUCCUAGGGGAAGACCAGCGUCGAUUCCACUUGCAGAGGUUUUUCAAAAUGAAAAUCUCACGAGACUGCGUGUCAUCUCGCUCGAGUCAUGGAGACUCGAUGCGGUCGAGAUUAUCGGCCUUGUCCGACGACACCGGAACAUGCUAGGCGGAUUGCGACUUCGGGGCGUACUUUUGAAGCCCGGGAGCCGCUGGCGCGAUGUCCUCAUAUUCCUAAGACAGGAAGCAAAACUCACGUGGUUGAGUCUCUCGGACGCAGAUUACGCAGCCAACUUUGACCUAAGAGCACCGACUGGAUUCGACGUUACAGAUAGAGACUCGACUUACAGCAAUGUCGAAGACGAUUUCGACGAAGCGGAUAUGGACUACGACCAAACCUCCGGCUCGGACGCCUCCGCCGAAGCCAGCGAGCAGGAAGACAACAACGAGGUCACAACAGACGUCGACAGCACCCUAGACGCCCCAUACAUAGAAUACAUAGAACCCACCGACAUCGAGCCCGAAUACGACCUAGAAAACGGCGUCCACGACUCCUCCGAGCUCCCCAGCACAGACGAUACCCACGAUAUGUGGGAUAGCAUAAGCCAGCGCAGCGAGCACGUCGCCCCUCCCUCCAUCGACAACGAGGAGGCCGACACAAACGGUCACGUCAGCGGCGACGAGAACGACUUCCCGGAGCCGCCGCCCCACGUCGCGACGCCAAUCCCGUUAUCCCUGUGUACGUGCCCCACGCUGAAGGAGCUUGAUGAGGAGGAGGGCAUCGAUGGGCCGACAACCCGUGUGACGGCGAAGCAGAGGGCGGUGUGGGAGGAGUGGGUGCUGAGGAGGUGUUUGAAGCAUGGGACGUCGGGGAUAGUGGUGGAGAGUGAGAGGGUUAGGGAGUCGAGCGCUUGAGUUGCUGUGUAGUAGUGCCGUGGGCGGCUCUGAGGUUAUUAUACGUUUAAGCUUUGGGUCGGCAUAUAGAUGUGGCUGAGGCGGGUUGGUGGUAGGAGGUGUGUGGGGAGAAUAUUUCUGGCGAAGGGCAAUUUGAUCUCAUAUAGGAGGUCGGUUUGGCGCUUUUGCUGCGAGAUGGCGGAUAGGGAGGUUAUUGGGGAAUGAUUCAACAUGGGGAUUUAGGGGGGAGAUGUCUGGAUCUAGACAGGCAGGUGGUGGCGCUGGCGGCUUAUGUCUUAUUUAUAUUGCUCCGUGUAAUUAAGGAGAAAAAGUUAUUGGUGUCUUUGACGUCUUGUUUGAUCGGUUCGGUGGCUAGCCAGCCGGCUUGAAUAGGUCUUCGAGUAAUCCGGCAUAUAUUCUGUAUAGGACUAGUCAUUCAUGGCGUCUCGAUGCAAGUUACAUAUACCCUAUCACAUUACGUAGAAGUUUCGGACCAAACACGGAC